AUGGGUCAAAUUGUCUCACAAUAUGUGUUUGCUCCUCCAAAACCAACCUACGAUGAGCACCAUCCAUAUCCCGUUACUUUUCUCACGACUAAAUCAAAAAAGAUGAUUCCUUGCUAUUAUUUGAAGGCAAGCAAGGACACUCCAACCACCAUUAUAUAUUCUCACGGAAAUGCUGCUGAUAUAGGUGCCAUGUUUGAUUUUUUGGUUGUAUUGCGUGAUUAUUUGAAUGUGAAUGUUCUUCAUUACGAAUAUGUUGGUUAUGGACUUGCAAAUCAAUAUCAACCAUCGGAGAGUGAUACCUACGAGAGUGCUGAAGCAGCAUAUGAAUAUUUAACAAAAGCCCAAAAGGUUAAUCCAAAAGACAUUGUAAUAUUCGGAACAUCUGUCGGAAGCGGCCCAUCAUGCUAUUUAGCAAAUAAGUAUCCUAUUAAGGGUCUUAUUUUAGAGUGUCCUUUUGUAUCAAUUUGUCGUAUUGUUAGUAGCUCUGUAUUUUUGAGACCUGUAGAUAUGUUUUGUAACAUUAAUAGAAUUCCCAAUGUAAAGGCUCCUGUAAUCAUUUUCCAUGGAACAAACGAUGACGUAGUCCCUUAUGAUCAUGGUAAAGAGCUCUACAAUAAUGUUAAUCCACGUUACCAAUACAAGUUUGUGUCCAUUGAAAAUGGUUCACAUCAUGAUAUUAUUGAGAGGCUAACUUUAAAAACGUAUAUUCAGAUACUAAGAGGAUUUCUUGCUCACUUGGAUAAUCCUACUCAAGAAAAACCAUCCCAAUAA